AGAGAAUCGCCCCACCCACUAGCGUGUCGCGGGCGCGAUGACGCGCGGCGCAGGCGCAGUGGGUCGGCGACGCCACGACGGUUCCUGGGCGUGUGGGCGGAGGAACGCUGCAGGCUCUGAGCCGCUUGGAAGAACAUUCUUGAGGUCAUCUGCACCGUCUGCCUGGGGAAAGAUGGUCAACGUCUUGAAAGGAGUCCUUAUAGAAUGUGACCCUGCCAUGAAGCAGUUCUUGCUGUACUUGGAUGAGUCCAAUGCCUUGGGGAAGAAGUUCAUCAUUCAAGACAUUGAUGACACACACGUCUUUGUCAUUGCGGAGCUGGUUAAUGUCCUCCAGGAGCGAGUGGGGGAACUGAUGGACCAGAAUGCCUUUUCUCUCACCCAGAAGUGAAAAUGCCAGAUGUUGAGCACUUGGGAACUAUAAACCACAGAUGUGAAAGAGGCCCAUACAAUGUCUCAUACAAUAUUUAGACUUUUUAUGAGCAUUUUGUGGAGAAGGGUACAGGCUCAUUUAUUCAGAUGGAAGCCCCCCAACUGAUUUUGUUGGACCAUUAAAAAAAUGUUUUUAAGGAAGAGCUAACAA